AUGUCCAGUGCUCUUGCGACCCACAACGGCGUCGUAUUCUCUCCCUCGGCGAAUCUAUGGCCAAGGACCUUCCUGGUCCUCGCAGAUUAUGGAGGCGAAUUCAGCAGCCUCAAUGUCACAAGCUCGCUAGAAGAUCCCAAAGGGAACUUCACAGCCGAAUGCCAACGGACACCCAGUUUCACGCUAUAUGGUCAAAACUGCACACUAGAGCCAGCACUCAAUGUCGACGCACUGCAGAUUAACGUCACCAGUAAUGUAUCGCUGUCGCUCUGGAUGAUCGAGACCACAGCGAGCUCCUUCGUCAAAGACGUAGUGAAUCUUUCGCAGCUAGCGUCCGCGGUUCAUUUCACGGAUGCAUUCAGGUUAUAUCCCGAUACACAUCUCCUCGGGACUCUGUAUCCAGUUCAGAGAGUUCAGGGGACCAACAGUUGGUUGACCUUUGCUAUUCAUAAUAUUCGAGCGGAUAGCUCCGGGACGUUUGAUUCCGGCACAUCCUCCCUCACGCUAUCAGCUAUUCUUCCGGAAAGCCAACAGUGGAUUCCGUCGGAAGAAAUCAUAUCACCUUCCGUUGUCACGAUUGUACUGGGCAUCAUCUCCAACGUGGGAGGCGCGUUCGUCGCUGUGAGUGGCGUCUUCUCCGUCAUCUUCGGGAGGGGAAUAUGGGAGGUUGUGGCUGGUGGUCGACCCAUCUCUCCGUUCGGCCUUUUUGGCCACCUCCCAUCCUAUAGACAAGCCAUUCACAGGCAAUAUCCCCGGCUGCAAGAGGAAACCGAAAAAGGAGGCAUGGCCAGCUUCAUCGAGGAGGUCGCAAUGGAUACCGGAAUUAUUAGGCGGAGGGCGUAUGUGUCUGUUCCUGACGCAGAAUCUUUUGCUCGUCGAGACGGGCCUGAGCAAGGAGUUGGGCAUAGGUUCAGCAAUUCCGAGAUCGAAUUACUUCCUCGAUUGGACUCUUCGCACCGGGGUCACGAGUACUUGGUGGACACAAGGAAGUCAACGGGAACCGAUAAGUAG